CAGCCGCCGCCCGUUAGAACGGGUGUAGCCGCCAUCCAUCCAUCAGUCGUGAUCAAAACAAACUACACGUGCGCACGUGUCAUUUUGACGUUCGGUUCAGUUUCACUCGCGAUGCGUUUCGUUUCAAAGCAUCGAACAAACUGCUGCGUGUCGCUUUAGAAGGGAAGAAGCCUUGCUUCGAACUUGCGUUUAAUGCGAUCAAAUCGACGACCCAAACACCGGCUGCAAUGCAACGCAGGCGACAGCGUGACAGGAUGGGCCUUGUGCUGCUCCUAAACCAUGUAUUGUUUGAAGUUGGGGUAGAAACAAUUCCACCGGCCACGCUCUUGACUGUUCUCGCUCAAGCGUGCGUUUUCCUCCAACUUUUCGAACUGCCCUGGCGCGACAUCUACGGCGCUUGCAUUAGUGUUGACACCGUUCUUUUCAAGAAACAGUGGAUGCGCAUCUUCUACGGGGCGGUCGAACACGGCGACAGUCUACACCUGUAUUACAACAUGGUUUCCUUCAUUUGGAAGGGAAAGCUUCUCGAACCUGCCUUCGGGAGUGCGCAAUUCGCUUACAUCAUCAUCCUCUUUACUGCACUCUGUAGCGUUGUGUUCGUAGGUUUAAACUAUCUGUUGGCCACGUUCAUCGACGUUUCGUUCGACUACCACUGUGGUGUCGGCUUCUCCUGCGUUAUCUUCGCCCUCAAGGUACUUAGCAAUUACUACUUCCCCGAACAACGUCGGCGCGUUCUGGGCAUCAUCGUUGACUUGCCCUCCGGACAAAUCGUCUGGGUAGAGCUGGUGCUCCUUCAGCUUGUCACGCCGAAUGCCUCUUUCGUCGGUCAUCUCGCCGGUAUCCUAGUCGGCGUCGCCUACGUCUACGGAGUCACCACGCCCAUCUCCGACCUCGUCUGGAACCUCCUCGGGCAACAACCCGUGCGCCUCACGCGACCGCGACAUGACCGUCGGCGUGAACCUGGCCGGCUGGCUUCGUUGCCCUACGGGGCUAUCCUUGUGUCGGCGGUGCUCGUCAUGUUGCAAUUGGACCUUGUGCCGCACCACUGGAAGAAGCUGGUGAAGGGUCCGUGCGUCACUUCUUCACUCGUGAUAGAUCAUCGCCAGUGGAAGCUGUUGUUCCUCCCGGCAUUGCACUCCACGGAAUAUCUGCACAUGGUCUACACGGUGCUGUCGUUGAUCGGCCUCGGCUUCUAUCUUGAACGUAGGAUGGGUGUCAACCGCUUCCUAGGCGCACUCUUGGGCCUCACGGUCACCACCAACUUCGCUUUCUGCCUGAUGACAUAUUACAUCCUGCCUAACUACAAGGAGAUUGCCGGUGUGCAUGCCUUUGAAAUGCACUAUAAGUGCUUCCUUGGUUUGACGGCUACGCUGAUUGCCAUGAAGGGCCUCUACGCCGCUUAUUACCCUAGGGACAGAUACUUGUUUUUGUUCUUUUUGGUUCCAGUGCCCAAGAUAUUAGGCGCCGUUUUUGAAGUUGCACUACUUCAUUUUAUAUUGCCACAUGUGUGGAUAGUGGGCAACAUAAUAGGUUUUUGCAUUGGACCCUUGUUGGUAAUAUUAUCAGGAAUUUCUUAGUAACUGCUGUGUGCUUUUUUUUUUUUUUGCCUAGCAUCAUUGUACAUAUUUGUCAUGUUGCAGUUCCCCUUCACACACUAUUCAUGGACUAAUGAAGCAAUGCCACUUUUUGUGAUACUGGCAUGAUUUAGCGUGUACACUCAGUUGAAGGCCUAUGCUAUUUUUAAUGGAGGAUAUAUAGCACUACCAACAUGCUCGAGUUCGUCAUCCGUUAAAAUACUUGAUGGAAACUACUUUGUGCUUCACUGAAUGAAACGAGCCAACUUUUUCCACUUUUGAGUGACAUAAAAAAAUAUUUUUGGACUUGAAGGUUACAGAGUGAACAAAGUAUUAGAUUCAAUGCAUGUUUAAUCAAUGAUGCAUGUCACAUAUAUUGGCAACCAGGUCAUGCCUGAGCACAACUGUACAUCAUACUUCUUAUGCCCAACUAUUAGCUAUAAUUUGCUGGUCAAAUAAAGACUUUGUAUUUGCAUUGCUGUCACAAUUUGUGACCUUAAUGAGCACAACAAAUUUUAAAGAACCCGAUAGCAAAAAUGAAGCCAAGCUGUGCAGCUAACAAGCUUUCCCGUAAUUUAUUCUCUGCGUAAAGGUGACCUCGUAGCUCAGAAUAGCAUGUGAAGGCACUGUCAUAUUCAUGCAUUGUAGAAUUGAUAAUGUAAUAGCCUUGCUGCAUGUGUACCUUUACUGUUCUUAAUGGGCCAGUGCUCAUGUCAAUGUAAAAGCAUGAUGCCUAUAUGUGGAGUGGCAGCUUUGCAACAUCACAAACUCACUAGAGGGUUUUGGUCUGUUCCCUUACAUAGUGGAUUUUGCAGAACUCUGGAGACUAAAGCCCCUUUCACACGUUUCUGCCAACCUGGUGCCUCCAUGGAUGGAGGGAUGGAUGGAAAAAUUGACAGCAUGGGGACAAUUUCAUUGGCAUUUUCUUCGAAAGAUGGCACAGUAAAAUAGUCACUUAGCCUCCUUGAGCUAAUCAGGCAUUAUAUAUACAUGCAUAGCAAUGUAGCAUAUUGCCUGUCUCUACAUUACAACCUACAUUUUUAUAUUGUAGUUAACUAUGCCAGUAACAUCUGAUUAUAUGAACUUCUUGCCUUCUUUAUUUCCAAUCAUAUGCUGAUGAUGUCUUGCUUAUCUCAACUGCUGACCAAUGAACUCCUAUUUAUUUAUUUUUUUCACUCUCUUAUGGAAUCUUUUAAUCCCAUUCCUCAUCCCUAUACAGAGUAGCAUGGCAGAAGUUGUAUAUGUGCCCGCAAAAAUGUGUUUUUAUAAUAGUCUCUCUCUUCCUUACAACUAGAAAUAUGCUCAUUUUCAGUGCUUGUAGGCUUUUGUAAGUCUUUACAUGUUAUUUCACAACAUAUCAGUCACAACAUAUGCUGUGAUACAUAAAAUUGUAUACUUAUUAAUGUGGUUUCAAUUAAACGAUAUUAGCUCAGAGAGUUGAGAAUUCCUAUGUGAAACUUUAAGGAAGCACCAGAAGAAACGUGAAAUAAAGUAAUUAUUUGCUAC